UUCUGUGACGCAAGGGUAUUUAAAGUAGCCUUAACAGGAGGCGUAAACGAAUCAUUCGCUGGCAGAUAUGGCGGCGUCCUCCACUCUUGCAAUGCGCAUGCUCACCCGCAACCUUUUCCCAAGCACUGUGAAGCGCGUGUUUGGAAUGGCUGCUCCACAGCUGAUGAAGGUGUUUGUGACGAGAAGAAUCCCCCAGGAAGGCUUCAAACUACUAAAACAAUCUGGCAUCUGUGAUAUCCAGCACUGGGAUUCCGAUGAACCAGUACCAAGGGAAGAGCUGCUGAAAGGAAUUUCUGGAGCACAUGGGGUUCUGUGUCUUAUCCCUGACAAGAUUGACAAGGAAGUCCUAGAUGCUGCAGGAAACAGCCUGAAAGUGAUUAGUACUUUCUCAGUAGGGUAUGAUCAUCUUGCCAUUGAGGAGAUCAAGAAGAGGGGGAUUCGUGUGGGAUAUACCCCAGAUGUGCUGACAGAUGCCACUGCUGAGCUUACUGUAGCUUUGCUUCUUGCAACUGCUCGUCGACUACCAGAGGCUGUGGAAGCAGUCAAAACCGGUGAAUGGAGCUCCUGGAAACCCCUCUGGAUGUGUGGCUAUGGACUAUCAAAUAGCACUGUAGGAGUUGUUGGACUCGGAAGAAUAGGCUUGGCAAUUGCAAGGCGACUUAAACCCUUUGGAGUAAGGAAGUUCUUGUACACUGGACAGCGACCAAAGCCUGAGAUUGCUGCAGAAAUCGAGGGUCAAUUUGUGCCAAUUAACCAACUUGUUGAGGAAUCUGACUUUGUUAUACUGUCCUGUGCUUUGACUCCUCAAACACAAGGCCUAUUUAAUAAGCAAUUAUUUGCCAAAAUGAAGAAAACUGCUAUAUUCAUCAACUCAAGCAGAGGUGCUGUUGUCAACCAAGAAGAUCUUUAUCAUGCUCUCAGUACUGGACAGAUUGCAGCUGCUGGCCUAGAUGUUACUGUUCCAGAGCCUCUACCUUUAAACCACCCUCUGCUAACCCUAAAAAACUGUGACAGUGCUCUGUCUGAAGCUCCUGGCAAUGGGAAGCACAGGCCUGAAACUCCUGAAUGAGCAGACUGAGAAUAGCCAUUACUUUUACAUUUUGAGCCACUGAUGAUCCGCAGAUUCCUUUCUGCGUCACUGACGCUGCAGAGUUUGUAUGUUCUCCCCAUUUCAGUACACAUUUUAACCUAAUACUCCAAUAUCCAGUUUUAAUCCCAAAGUUAUUAGGUUAAUUUACAUUUCUGAAUUAAAUGAGUGUGGCUGGCAUCCCAUCCAUCUUGGCUCUCGCCUUAUACUUGAUCCCGUAGAGCAGAAAACAUUUGACAAAAUAGCUGACUGGCUUGUUUACAGAUACAGUAUGCUGUGCUGAUCUAAAUUUUUAUUUGGAAGUUUACUUUGGUCAAGAACUCUGUCACAAAAUAUCCUUUUAUUUUUGUUGUGAGAACCAUUUGGAUGUGCUGCUGAGGUACAGUACA